GAGUUCGCGUGAACAACGUGGUUUUCGUUAUGUCUCGCGGUAUGUAGUUUGAAAAGGAUGAGCGCGGUAUGCUUUCGUUAGCUAACAACGCUAACGUGAGCAGUACGAACUAAAAUUAUAAAUAACAUUAACUUAUAUUGAGGCGAAACUUAAAAAUGACACUAAAUGGAUGGAAGCGGACGGACUAUGACGAGCGUUUUGAAAUGCUGUACAGUUCCAUCAUCAAACAGAACUCCAGCUGGUCGCAGACGGCCAUGUCCCUCACCAGGUCGGUCCGUCGCUGUCAGGACCACGCCGGGCGGAGCUCGUCCCGGGGUUUCCCUGCCCCUGCGCCGGAGAGCAGGUGCGGCCAAUCGCACGAGGCCAAAGCUAGCCAUACCCAAUCCGCCUCCCUCCAGAAGAGGACCCCCCAGCCCUGGACCUGGCCCGACCGCGACCCCGGCAGGUACGGCCGUGCCGGGGGAGGCCCACGGGCGCAGGGGCGGAGGAGGGGAAGGGGGUGGAGGGAGACGCUGAGCGGCGGUUCGGAAAACAGCAUCGUCAUCAGCGACGAGGGGACGGACUGGGAGGCGUCGGAGGAGGCCGACGGCGGCAGGAUGACGAGCAGCCCCAUCGAGGUCGCCGACGCCGGCGCCAACGCGCUCUGGGUCUUGGAGGACGACGAUGACGACAACGGGUUCCAGGACAGAGAGCACGAGGCCCGGGAUCGAGGUGGUGUCAUUUCUUUACCGGACGUUGAGCAGGAGGUUCUGGAAUUUGGGGGAGCUGUAGAAGAGGAAGACCACGGCUCUCGCUGUUCAUCUACAGCAUCUGGCCCCACCCUUUCUGCCGACCUCGCCCUCCAGUCGCCCUGUCCAGCCUGUGCCAAGCUCUUCAGAAAAAUGGGAAAACUCAAACACUGGGAGAAAAGCAUUGAAUACGAUCCUACGUCAUUGUCAUGUGACCAAUGGGUGUUGAAGAAAAUUUGGAGGCCAAGACACCUGCCAAACAGAAAAGGGUAUUUGAUGUUCAAAUUAUUACUUUAUAUAUCCUUUUUUGUUUCUGUGUACUAAUUACUGGACAAAUGUCAUCUGGCC